AUGAAUUACUUAUCUCUUAUCAACGAACUAGCAGUUUCUGUUUUAGAUAGAUUUCGCGGCAGUGGCGGAUUCAGAGGAGGUGAUUAUAAAGGUGGAAGCUUUCGUGGCAGAGGAGGUGGUGGAGAUCGUGGAGGAUUCCGUGGUAGUCGCGGUGGAGAUAGAGGUGGAUUUAGAGGAGGACGAGGAGGAUUUGGUGGCGGGGAUCGCGGCGGCUUCAGAGGAUCGCCUCGCGGUGGUCGCGGUAGUCCACGCGGUGGCCGCGGUUCACCGCGUGGAGGACGAGGAGGAGGUGGCAUGAGAGGAGGAAAGACUGUUGUUGUUGAGCCACAUCGAUAUGAGGGUGUUUUCAUCGUCAAGGGUAAAGAAGAUGCUCUUGCCACAAAGAACAUGGUUGUUGGAGAGUCAGUUUAUGGCGAGAAGCGAGUCUCUGUGGAUGAUGGAUCUGGGACCUCAAUUGAGUAUCGCGUAUGGAAUCCGUUCCGAUCAAAGUUGGCUGCUGCAAUGAUGGCUGGUUUGGAGAACGUACACAUUAAGCCAGGAACGAAACUUUUGUACCUUGGUGCUGCUUCCGGAACCACAGUUUCUCAUUGCUCGGAUAUAGUGGGAGCAGAUGGUAUUGUUUAUGCAGUUGAAUUUUCUCAUCGAUCUGGUCGUGAUCUCCUUAACGUUGCUAAGAAGAGGCCUAAUAUUGUACCUAUCGUUGAGGAUGCUCGUCACCCUCAUAAGUAUCGCAUGCUUGUUGGUACGUUUCAGAUUUUCAGUGAACUUCUUCGUCUUCGCUUUCUGAUAUAG